AUGUGCUCGCUGUCCUACUUCUACCUGCGUCCGCGUGGGGAGGCUACAUUCAUCAUCAACUUGAUCCUUCUGCUGAGCACCGGCCGCUUCGAGCCGCCUCUACGUCGCCUACUGCACGGUCGGCUUGCAGCCCCGUCCCGUCGCGUCUUUGGUCUGCUUCAGCUCUACUGCUUCAUCAACUGGCUGCGCUCGUUCCUGCUCCCCGACUCCUUCCGCAUCAUCUUCAGCCAGAUCUGCGCUUUGUUUCAAACGGGCAGCAUCCCAGUCCAAGCACUAGAUUAA